AUGACCCAAGCUCCACAAGCUGUGAAGGCGCAGAGGGUUCAGCGCGACGUCUGCUGGCUCACACAAUACGGCUUCUGCGACGUUGAGAGCCAAACCCGGGGCUUGGAGAACACAGCACCAUGGCGACUAGGUGGAAUCAUAAAACACAAAGAGAUCUCACGACGACAACUUGGCGAUGUAGUGGUCAACUCAUGUGACUUGAAGGCACGCCGGACGAGUCCACACACGCACACGCGAGCGCGUAUUGCUGGCCAAAACAAGAAACACUAG